AUGUCGUCGUCUCAGCAAGUCCUUCGCCGUCGGAAUGAUGCCGGGCACGGAGCCGCCGUGCUGUCCGAAGUCCUCCGCAACCCCGGCAACCCCGCACCCAUCACAGCACCACCCUCAACGGUAGACGCUUUGAAGGAGCAUGGCAACACUUAUCACUUUGACUCCUUCUCGGUUGUGGAUGCCCUCGAGCUUGGCCACCUCCUCCACGCUCGCCUGCAUCCCAUCGCCGACACGCAGCCCACUCUCAUCUCCAUUGCGCUGGCGAAUACCCAGCAGGUCAUCUUCCAGACCGUCACCGGUCGUGGCGUGAUGCCCGAUAACGAGCGAUGGGUCGCGCGCAAGCGGAACAGUGUUCUGCGCUGGGGCGUCAGCUCCUACUUCCUUUCCCUCAAGUACUCCGGCGACGAGGCCGCGUUUGCCGCGAAGUUCGCCAUGAGCCCGGAGCAGGCAUCCACCUACGCCAUCCACGGCGGUGGUGUUCCCAUCCGUGUCGCCGGCGUUGAGGGCGUCGUUGCCGUUGUGGUCGUGAGCGGCCUCAAGCAGACCGAGGACCACGGCGUUAUCAUGGACGUCAUUGCUGAGAACUGGGAGGCUGUCAAUUAG